CUUAUUAAAAUAACUCUUUAAUACUGCUUCUUUAGUCUAAAGUAUUGGAAAGUCACCAGGUGGGGGAAGAUGUGGGAGGGAGAAUUGCGAGACGAAUUUCACAGGAAAUCUCGGGUUGCUUAGCUUCUCUGAGAUUGCAAGACCAGUCCUGUUGAGAUCAGGCUGACCACCUGGCUGUUUUAAUUAAGAGAGGGGAUUGAGAGAAAGAGAGGACAAAGGAUUUAUUAUUGGAUCGCUCCAGUUUGGAAAAAAAUAAAAACAAGCAACUGCAGGCAAAGGAGGGAAACCUGGUCACUGACUGCAAGGUUUAUUUGUUGCGUUGGGAGGGAAUUCUGAGACAAAAAGACCCAAAGAGCUGACUGAUCACUGGGCCCCUCUGCAGAAUCGUCCCCACAAAGAAAGGCUUUGUGAUAGAGAAACUCUUGCGCUUCUCCUUCCAUCCACUGACGAAUACGCCGUUUUCCUGAUUGCAAGAGAAGUCCCAGGGACUCUGCUGAGAGGUGAGGAUCUUUAACGCAAAGUAUAUCUGCUUGGAGGAGGGAAGACGUUGAUUACCGAGUCCAGUUUAUCAAGUCGAACUCAGUAGCAACCCACCUUAAACUUUUUAUAAAAAAGAAAACGGAGAUGGCUAAAAAGCAAAAUCAAAAGGAUCCCACUGGAGUCAUGUUUGACACUCGAUUCAAAGCAGUGAUGGCCCAGGGAGGAUCUAAUGACAACAUAAAGGAAAAGAUUAGUGCUGUCCGUGCAAUAGUCCCUAACAGAAGUAAUAAUGAGAUAAUUCUAGUGUUGCAACAUUAUGAUAACUGUGUCGACAGAACAGUACAAGCUUUUAUGGAAGGUUGUGCUGCAGACAUUCUCAAGGAAUGGAGUGUAACAGGAAAGAAAAAGAACAAAAAGAAGAAGGUUAAACCAAAGGCAGAAGUAAAAACAGAACCAGAGCAACUGCAGUCUACAAAUGCAGACAACAAAUGUGCUGUCAAUUCUGGUGAACUGUCUACAAUUUCUUGGGAGAAGGACGAAGUAAACAGUUAUCAUGUCAACGGAUCUGUAAAUGAUGAAUCAGUAGAUUCUCUUAGUGAACAGUUAGAUGCCCUUUCCGUGGAUGCCCAAGAGCUGGAAGAUUCGGAAUUGAUGACUCCUGAUAGCGAUAGUAUAAUGGAAUCUGUAACAGAAGAUGAAAAGUGUAAAGCAGAAUCAAAAUUCCAACCCCGCCACUUCCAUAGCUCUCAUUCUACUAAAACAUAUCAACAAAAGAAUACAGCAAAGUCUAGGUCACGAGCUCCUCCAGGAUCACAAACCUCUACCUCCCUUUCCCUAGUCAUGCCAGAUGAUGGUGGAUUUAUUUCAUCUAAGAAUAAAAAAAUAGGUACUAAUAUAGAGAAGUCAGCAAAAGACUUGCAGCGAUGUACUGUGUCCCUAGCUAGGUACCGGGCAGUUAUUAAAGAGGAAAUGGACAUUUCUAUUAGGAAGAUGAAGCUGGCAUUUGCUGAACUACAGAACUGUUUUAUGGACAGAGAAGUGGCACUGUUGGGAGAAAUGGAUAAAGUCAAAGCAGCAGCAUUGGAUAUCUUGGAUAGUCGUCAGAAGAGAGCUGAAGCAUUAAAAAAAAUGACGGACAAUGCAGUCCGCAUGUCUGAGGAGCAGCUCAUGGAGCUCAGAGCUGAUAUUAAGCACUUUGUUAGUGAACGAAAAUAUGAUGAAGACCUGGGGCGAUGUGCACAGUUCACCUGUGAUGUGGAAGAACUUAAAGCGAGUAUCCAAGCCUUUGGACAAGUGUCUCAUCCCAAGAACAAUUACUCUGCCAGGUCAAGGUGUAGUUCUGUCUCAUCAGUAUCAGUGACGAGUCGGAGUGAUGUUUCAGCUCCCGACUGUAUUUCAGACCUCAGCCUUACUAAGUCGGUGAAGAAUAGUCCAUGUUCUGGAGACAUUUCCACUGCUUCAGCCAACUCUGCAAACCAAACUUGCUUGUCAAAUCGACCGGUUCCCCAUGGAAAUAGAAGAGCAGGUUAUCGUCCUGGAGAGAAUAGGAUAAAUGGCCCAAGCCACUUUGGAAGAAAUGAAUAUAGGAAUCGGUACCGGAAUGGACCAAAAAAUUACUCUGACAUUCGAUACAACCCACAAUCUUCAGCCCGUGGUUUUAACACUGAUAAGAGCCAAACCUCCAACACUCGAUACAAGCCACAACCUGCACCCUGUGAUUCUGCCACUGAUGGGAGUCAAAUAUGUUCUACAGCUUCUAAUGAUACAGCUGUAUCUUCUGACCCCAGCCAGUCAUCUUUACCUCCUGUUCCUGCCAAUGCCCUGUCUCAACGUAGGCCAAAAUCAAGUGGAAACAAAACCUCUGUGAACUGCUGAAAGCUUCUGACGUCCAGCAACAUGCCAGCUUCACGGCUAGAUAUGAUAAAACACAAUGGGUUUACAUUGACCUUGUCUGUGCCACCAGUGAUUUGCCUUGCAAUUGUUUCCUCUGUUUUCAGAUCAACCUUUUUCAUAUUUUCACAAGUUCUUGAAUUGAUAGUGUCAAUAAUUGUUAUUCUGUCCUGGAAGAGGGACCACCACUUGGCUAUACUUUAGAAUGUUAUUUAAGCACUGUUGCCUGGUUUGUCAUGAUUAAAUCAGUUAAUUUUACUUUGAACACAACAGUUUCAAGAAAUCACUAUACAUCUCAAACUGUUAGGAAAUAAAGUGCCUUGUACCUAUAGUGUUCAUUAUAAACCCUUAAAUAUUGCACACACGCUUAAAACUCAAAAGGACCAAAGACCUUCAAACUUUGCUGUUAUCGUUGUGCUCGAGAUCACCAUCAAAUUGUAAACGAGUACAAUGGUGACCCUUAAUUUUCUUUCUAAUUAAAGUUAUGUAUUUGGAUGAAACUGUUUUUAGCAGCGAACUGCCUGUAACCUGCAUUUUGUGCAGAUGAUAUGCUGACAGGAUGCCAGAUAACUUUUCCCAUUCAUUCAGGCUAUAUUCACAAAAUAAUUAUAGCACAGUAGUGAAGUGGCUUUCUUUUAUACUGAUGCAGUAGUUAUAGUUUGAAUUCAGAGACACGGCCUGGCUGAUAGGAAAUGCAGAUUUGCCGGAGGAAAUAGUCUCUACUUCCUUUUGAAGUCAUCCGGCAAACUUAGUGUCAGUGGGAACCUGAAAUCAUUUUGGACCUAAUGUUAAAAUUUGUAGUGUGAAUACAGAAGAAUUGAUCCAAAGUUUUAGUGGUACCUUUGCUGAACUAGCUUCUGUCUGUUACACCAAACGUUCUUUCUAUAUUUUUCCCUGAAUAUAAAUUCACCUAAGUCUGAACAGUGAAUCGACUUUCAGUUCUGCAUGUCUGAGGUGAUUCCCUUUUAAAAUAGGUUUUAGAUGUCAAGGUGGAAGGAAUGUAGAGAGGUGCCACUAAAUGUAGAUGAUGCACCCUUUAGAAAAUAUUUUGCAAGUCUCACUACACCCAUGAUCUCUCUCAUUCCACGUUCGAGAAACAAACUACAAAUGACUUCAUACAGGUUUCAACCAGUAUUGCUACCAGUAAACUAAUAAAAGCAUAAAGUGGGAAAUAUCUGUCAGAGAAUUUGUAUAUGUUCCUUUGGCAAAUUAGUCAGUUUUGAUCUGUAAGUUUUAUUUUCUGUCCUGUUAAAAUUACUAAAUAACAAAUAGGCAAAAUUCCUAACUUGAUUACUUUGCUAACUGCAUUUUAACAGUGAAUGAUUAGAAAUAUGUCCAUUGUAUGCCUAUAAUGACACUAAUUGAGUGAGAGGUGAGGCACUCAGAACAGCAGAGUAUUUUUAAACAAAAAUAGCACCUAUGUUAAACUACAUUAUCUUUCAAAAUGGAGUCAAGUGUAACUUUGUUUCCAUGUGCUGGUAAACACUGACUUGUAAGAACUGACAGCAUAUGGUACAAAUUAAUGUUUCAGAAUUUACUAUUUUAUUCCCACUUCCUUUGAGUUUUGUGCUAGCAUUCAGAUCUACUGAAUCAACAAACAAAUGAAAUUAAUUUAAGUUUCAACUGUUCACAGUCUGCUCAAUAGAUUGAAAUCCACAAAUUGUGUAGUUACAGUAAAUGGUUAUUGUUAUUAACCCCUACACACUUGAUGUUGAGAUAAGGGAUCAUGUCACAGAUUCAUUGAGCAUAUUCUGGUAGUUCAGCAGUGACGUGCUGGAUACCCAAACUAAUUAUUGAAAGUUAGGUUACCAUGCAGACAGCAGACUGUUUUUCAAUAUAGUUGAUUAUUAUUUACAUGACUGAAUCUUCCGCUCUAUGGUAUGGUGAUACAUUAUGGCUACAUCUCAGGCAGUAGAAUUGCUGUUCCCUCUUAAUGCAAGUCUUCUCCUGACAUAUGUCAUGUGUUUAAAACUUAGUUGAUGAAUAAAGCAGUAUUCUAAACUAAUCCUUGUUGUAAUAGCUGUGAC